AUGCGCCAGCAUGUGCGUCACUUGAUCCCAAAGUCCGAAGCCUUGCAUCUUCAACAGGCCGUGUCUACGCAAGUGGGCGGGCAGCUUGGCGACUACUCUGCGACUGUGUCCGGGAUCGAAGGCUGCAACCCACCAGAGAGCUGCGGCUGGAGGCUUGCUCUUGUGGAGUCGGCACCUCCUUCCCGGAUCGUUGCCAUCCUUCAAACGUCCCUGGAGACAAACCCCAACCGCGCGACGGAGCUGACGCUGCGCUCUUCGGAGUUCCGGGGCCAGGAUCUCGUGAAAGGGAGAACCUACGAGAUCGCCCUUCUGCAGCUUGGCACCCCUGCAGAGAUGGACAACUUCGAGCUGCAACCUGCGGCUGACCUGCAGCAGGCAGAGCUUGACGGUGUGAAGAUGGCAUACUCCAAUGAGUUCAUCGCCGACGCUCCUCCUCUUGCGGGCACGGUGGCUCCCAACCCCUUGUCUGGGACGGCGGUCACGACGCAAUUCACGGUGACGGCCACGGGUUGGGUGGAUGAGGACCUGGCAAGCCUGACGUAUGCCUUCUACACCUUUCCGCUCACACAGAACCUGUCUGUGGCUCCGGAUGGAGGACUUACCGUGGAUGGAGGAUUCCAGCCUCCCGAGGUGGAAUGGCGGGACAGCACGAGUCCUAUCCAUUGGUCGAAGCUGGGUGGAACGUUUCAAAUCAAUGUGUCAGAUCCCGAAUCCAACUGGCAAGUUUCCAUGGGAGCUGGCUCCUACUUCACGGCCGUGGUGGUCAGGGAUGUUUUAGGAGCCAUCUCUGCAUCCUUUGCUUUGGGACCCCUGGUGGAAGUUCCGCAAGGCGGGCUCACAGUGGAGCAAGCGUCGGCCGCUAUCGAUAGUGCCGUGGCCAGUGCUGUGGAAAGCGGCGAUGCCGGUGCGAUCAUGGGGAUGUUGGACGCGCUCGUGUCUGUGCCGAUCGCCGCGAACUCCAGCGAGGAACUGAAUGCGGCCAAGAAGGCAGCUCAGGAUCAGCAGCUCGAGGCACUCAAGACAGCUUCCACCAUAGUCGACACAGAUGCCGGAAGCUUGCAGCGAUUCGGUGGGGUGCUCACGGAGGUCCUGUCGUCCGGAAGCGAGUCUGGAACCGCGGACGUGGAAUCGGCCGCCAAGGCAUCGGAAGUCUUGUCGAGCGUCCUGGAUGCAGCAGUGGGUGCCGAAGGCGUGGAUGCUGCCGCAGGCAGUGCCUUGCUCAGCAGCAUCGCUGCCGUUGGAGACAGCUAUGCUGCAGCUACGACUGAGAUGGACGAGACUUCAGCCACAGUGCGUGCGGCAGAGCUGGCCGUCAUGACGUCGAAGCUGGGAAACGCAGCCCUGGCUACAACACCCGUGGGCGGUUCCUCCACAAUGAGCUCAGUGGACGCGAGCGGCAAGGGCCUGGAAAUCAACGUGAACAAGGAGAGCGUCCAGGAAGCGCAGUCCAACGGAGUCGCAGCAGAUGGUGUCGAGAUCCCUCCUGCUGCCGUCGGAAGCUUCGCGGGUCGACGUUUGCAAAGUAGUUCUUGCGAUACUUUGGCGGUGCAGCAGACGGACUGGGUCCUCAGCAAUCCAUACAGCUACUUGAAUAGCAGCUUGGGCAUCAACCGGUAUGUGCUGCCGAACGCAACGGUGAAAGUGCUGGAGAUCAAAGCCUGCGACACCAUUGUCGUAGAGCAAGAUCUCAAUCCACCCGUCGACCUGACCCUGCCACUGCCCCAGCUGCCGCUGGUCCCGGCACCCACAGGCUUCACCUACGAGCCUGUUUGUGCACGCCUGGGCACCUCGGAGCAGGAUCCGGAUUGGUCGAUGGAUGUCACAUCCUGGGUGCUUCCAACCAGCUAUGGAGCCACCGAGAUAAAGUGCCAGGCUACCACAGCCGGUGGCGCCUAUGUGGGCAUAUACGUACCCAUGCCGCUGGCAGGCACAUCGACCACUGCAACCAAGACGGUUUCCCAGACCUCAACAACAACUUUCACUGUUUUCACCACCACGAAUGCGCCCUCGGAUGCCGGCCUGAUCGUGGGAACCAGUCUCGCUGCGGUUGCUUUCGUUGUAGUCAUCGGUCUCUGUGCUUGGCAGCUACACGCCGGGAACGUGAAGGUCAAUGUCCCCGAUACGAAGGCUACCUGCCAACGCAUGGCCGAUUCCGUCAAGAGCUCCGUCAAGUCCGCCCGUGUCGCCGUUGCUGUACCCUUCGAAAGGGGCGAACCGAAGGUCGCGUGGGAAGGACGGGAAGGAGCUCCCCAGGAGCCUGCGCCGUCGAGCCAGGAGGUCAAGCAGGCCAAGUCAGAUGCAGAGGAGCAUUUCUGGGACUGGGCGAAGGACGUGGCCUCGGCCUCGGGCUCCGGCCCCGGCUCCGGCGCGGCUACGGAGCUCCCGCGGGGGCCCUCCUAUGGCCUGGGCCAAAGCAUGGGAAGCGCGGGACCUGCCAUCCCAAGACCGCUCUACCCGGCAAAGAAGGCGGAGGAGAAGGAGGAGUACUUCCAAAGCUUCGCCCAGGAGCUCCGGGACAUCGUCGGUUCGGCGGUUCCCAACAUGAUAGAAGACUCUCCAAGCAGUGCCAACAGCAUACCGAAGACGCCGCCUCCCCCUCCCCCACCGAAGCGGAGUUUGGAUCCUGCCGCUCCACCUCGACCACCCCCCAACCCACCUCCAUGGUCCCGCGAGAAAAAGACCCUGGCAGUUUCACUGCCGCCGCCCCCUGCGGUGGAGAACGCCGAGCGCAUUGAUGUGCGCGUCGACCAAGCUUUCUCGGACUGGGCCAGCGACUUUGCUUUGUGUCUGCCCCCCAGCCCAAGCCAAGCAAAGACGGCCCCACCUCCGCCGCCGCCGCCUCGGCGUUCCCCGCCGCAGAGCAACAACCUGCCACUCCCUCCCCCGAAAAAACCGAGCAGACCAGCUUUGGAGGAGAGAAGAAGCAGUGAUCCCCACGAAAUGAACCAGGUCUCAAGUCUCCGCAGCGCUGCUAUGGCUUCAGAUCCUGCUCCGGCAACACUGCCCAAGCAACCGCCGCCCCCGCCUGCAAUGGACCGACAGACGGAGCGACAGAUGCCCCUGCUGCCGCCGUCCUUAAACACCAGGCCGGGGUCGCAGCUUGCCAUGCCAGUACCGAAGCACCUACCGCUUCAGCUUCCUGCCCGUCCUCCAGGUGCAGUGGACGAUGAUAAUCCCGAUCAGAGAGGCUCCUCGCAAGGUGAGGAGAGCUCUCCGACACCCCGUUAG